GGACCGUGGGAGGAGGCGAAGCGCACGUCCGACACCGGAGGAGAAGUUGAUCAGUGGAGCCUUUUAUCCUCUAUAGGCGUGACAGCUUGCUUUGGAGAAUCUUGCAUUCCUCACCUUGGCAUUAAAGCUAAUAGUCUGUUUGGGAAGAUAGGCUAUCCGUGGAAUAAUGCCGGACACUAAAAAAUUCUUCGAGAACCUCUCUGGAUCAGGGAAGUCUAUUGGCGUCCUGACAAGCGGUGGAGAUGCGCAAGGUAUGAAUGCUGCUGUGAGGGCAGUGGUCAGAAUGGGGAUCUAUGUGGGAGCCAAAGUUUAUUUCAUUCAUGAGGGUUACCAGGGCAUGGUGGAUGGAGGUGACAACAACAUCAAAGAGGCAUCAUGGGAAAGUGUUUCCAGUAUGUUACAAGUGGGUGGCACUGUGAUUGGCAGUGCACGAUGUAAGGAUUUUCGCUCCCAUGAGGGACGUUUGCGUGCAGCUUUAAACCUGGUGCAGCGCGGCAUCACGAACUUGUGUGUGAUUGGUGGAGAUGGCAGUUUGACUGGGGCUAAUCUCUUCAGGGAGGAGUGGAGUGGUCUAUUGGAUGAGCUUGUCCAAUCAGGUCAAAUCAGUGAAGAGGCGGCCCAGACUCAUUCUGCACUGCAUAUUGUUGGGAUGGUGGGUUCUAUAGACAAUGAUUUCUGUGGGACCGAUAUGACCAUCGGCACUGACUCGGCACUGCACAGGAUCAUCGAAGUGGUGGACGCAAUAAUGACCACUGCACAGAGCCAUCAGAGGACGUUUGUACUGGAGGUCAUGGGGAGACACUGCGGGUAUCUAGCUUUAGUCAGUGCGCUUGCGUGUGGUGCUGACUGGGUGCUGAUUCCAGAAAAGCCUCCCAAAGAUGGCUGGGAGGAACAGAUGUGUCAUAAACUAUCAGAGAAUCGUGCUGAUAAGAAACGGCUUAACAUCAUCAUAGUAGCUGAAGGUGCAAUAGACCAAAAGAACAAACCCAUAACCACAGAUUACAUAAAGGACCUGGUGGUCGGGUGUUUGGGAUUUGACACACGAGUCACCAUUCUAGGUCACGUCCAGAGGGGAGGAACGCCCUCUGCUUUCGACAGGAUUUUGGCGAGUCGUAUGGGUGUGGAAGCUGUGUUGGCGCUGUUAGAAGCGUCUCCUGGUACCCCAGCUUGUGUGGUGUCUCUGUGUGGGAACCAAGCAGUCAGGGUACCUCUGAUGGAGUGUGUUCAGAUGACCCAGGAGGUACAGAAGGCCAUGGAUGAAAAGAGGUUUGAAGAAGCAGUAAAGCUGCGUGGCAGAAGUUUCGAAAACAACCUGAACACCUACAAACUCUUGUCUUAUCGCAAAUCUGAUGCUGAACUUCCACAUAGUUCCUUUAAUGUGGCCAUAUUGAAUGUUGGCGCUCCUGCAGCCGGCAUGAAUGCGGCUGUGCGUUCGGCUGUGAGGGUGGGGAUCACAGAGGGCCACACCAUGUUUGCUGUUAAUGAUGGUUUUGAGGGCUUCUACAAGGGGCAGAUAAAAGAAAUUAAAUGGGGUGAUGUUGGGGGCUGGACAGGCCAGGGCGGGUCCCUGCUAGGAACAAAAAGAACUCUUCCAGCAAAACACGUUGAUAAAAUUGCAGAACAAAUGAGGAUUCACAACAUCAAUGCUUUACUGGUUAUUGGAGGAUUUGAGGCAUAUCUGGGGUUGAUGGAGCUGCAAGCAGCUCGUUCCGAACACGCAGAGCUUUGUGUUCCCAUGGUGAUGGUCCCGGCCACUGUGUCCAACAAUAUACCUGGUUCAGAUCUGAGUAUUGGGGCAGACACUGCCCUCAAUGCCAUCACGGAUGCUUUUGAAAGUUUGCUGCAGCUGGUUGAUGCCCGCAGCAGCUAUGAGGAGUUCUGUGUGCCCAUGUGCAUGGUGCCCGCCACCAUCAGUAAUAAUGUAGCCGGCACUGACCUCAGCAUCGGUGCUGACACCUCACUCAAUGCCAUAGUGGAGACGUGUGAUCGUAUAAAGCAGUCAGCCAGCGGUACGAAGCAUCGUGUGUUCAUCAUUGAGACUAUGGGUGGUUACUGUGGUUACCUGGCCACUGUGGGGGGGCUGGCGGCCGGAGCUGAUGCAGCAUAUAUCUACGAAGAGCCAUUUGACAUCCGAGACCUUCAGUCUAAUGUGGAACAUUUAACUGAGAAGAUGAAGACCUGCAUCCAGAGAGGAUUAGUGCUCAGGAAUGAGAACAGCAGUGAGAACUACACCACUGACUUCAUCUACCAGCUGUACUCUGAAGAAGGCAAAGGAGUAUUUGACUGCAGAAAGAAUGUCCUGGGACACAUGCAGCAGGGUGGUGCUCCAUCCCCAUUUGACAGGAACUUUGGCACCAAGAUUGCAGCUAAAGCCAUGCAGUGGAUCUCCAAGAAGCUCAAAGAGUUUUACAGAGAAGGCCAUGUGUUCGCAAACACUGAGGAUUCUGCGUGUUUGUUGGGGAUGCGUCGCAGGGCUCUGGUCUUUCAGCCCGUUGUACAACUCAAGGAUGAGACAGAUUUCGUUCACAGGAUCCCAAAGGAACAGUGGUGGCUCAAACUGCGUCCCCUUAUGAAGAUUCUGGCCAAGUACAAGACCAGCUACGACGUGUCCGAUUCAGGCCAGCUAGAACACAUUGUCCGUCUGAGAGCUAAAGACAACUCUGCUAUUUAAAAUCAGCUGUGUAAACCAUACAAUCUUGCAAGUAUAGCUUUAUUUAUUAAGGUGAGGACAUGUUCUAGCAUCCCCCACCAGAUCUAUAGUUAUCUGUAUUGACCUUAACAAUCAUAUAUAUAUAUAUAUAUAUAAUUGGUUCACAUGAAACUGACCAUAGACAUAAAACCAAGAGGUUCAUCCUUAAAUGUUAGAACAGUGUAUUGUAAUGAUAUCAAUUGAUGAUCCAUAUGCUCAAGCAGUUAGCUAGUCAACCCUGUUUACUGGGGCAAGUGGUAUAUUUUGUGAAUAUUCAAUCAUUUGAAUAGUUAUUAAUUAAUUUACAGCUUAUUUUCAGUGAAUAUGGAAAUCUGUAGAAAUGGUCCUGCUCUUCUGGCUUUCAGUGAUGUUACGCCAUUUAAGAGAUGUGUUUGUGGAGCAUCAAUUCCAUUGAGUCUUCCGUCCAAGCUGCUGUGCUGUGUUUUCUGUUCUGUUUAGUACUGGCACUUCACACCAAAGCAGAUGUUAUAGUGUUUUUUGUAUGAUGUUUUUGUGUGUAAGCCACCAAUGAUGCAUAAACUCCCUUUAGAAAUGUAAUCAGUGUGGCUUGUCAUUUAUGAGUUUAUUAAGAGAUCAUAGUUGCUUCGAUUUAGACAAUGUAAUAUAAAAACAAUCCACAUUGCA